UUUCCGCAAUUCGGUGCUUGCAGUGCAGAGGGAUCUUUUGGCUAUGGCGUCGCGGAGAAGGGGGCUUCGCUUCGAAACCAAGCUGCAUCUCUCUCUCACGAGCUUGCAUCGAGGAAUCGAUCAGCAGGCUUGACUCGAAGGAUUGCAUCAUGGAAUGCGGUUGUGCUUGAGUCGAGGAGAUUGAGCAUCGAGAAAAAGAGGCAAAGUUAGGGAGAGAGAGAGAGAGAGAGAGAGAGAUAAAAGGUUGCAGAGCUAUGGAAGUUGAUACGCGCGACAAGAUUCUUGCGAUGUACCCUGUGCAUUUUCUAAACUUCGACAAGGAUGCCUUCACUGCCGAUGUCGUCAACGCUGUGUGUGUAAUUAUUGGCGCUUCAGGUCAUUGAAAUUUCCAUGAGCAACUUUACUGAGAUGGAAAGGUGUGCUACUCGAAUGCUAAACAUUACCAGCACGGAAUCUCAGGAAGCGUUGCAACAGGGAUUAUCUGCCGUUUUUGAGAAAUUUUUGAGCAAGUUCAUCGAAGAAGAUCUUGCGCCUUGGGAGGCUUACUGCAGGGAGGUUUGUUUUAAAGUUCCAGACGGUAUGGUCUUGCCCGAGAAGUUGGAUGCAUCCGUAGUCGCAAUGGAAGACGCGGAUGCUAAGCUGGACGCUGAGCUGAUUAGUCUUCGUGAACGAAAGGCUACUGCAAGUCUCUUAUACCCGACCGAAUUUUUACUUGGCAUCGUAUACGUUAAAUGGAUGCUGAAAAAGAAGCAGCCGAAUUACGCAGAGAUGUUAAGGCCCUGGAAGCCCUUGUGGAAGCGAAAGCUAAUUUUAUGGAUGCCUUCGACCAGCUGCAGAAUCUUCCUCUUGUUGAUGAUUUGGGAAAUGUGGUCCGUGAAUUGCGGAAGAACGUUGAAGAGGCAAACGCUCUGAGAGCACAAAGAUAUCAGAGAUUGUUUCCUGCUGAUACAAGCGAUGCACUCUAAGAUCGAAGCUCUCUAAAGAGAAGGUCCUUUAACCAUCCUAUGGAGUAGUCCUACAAUAUUAGUUCCACAAUAUUAAGAAAGGUCGUUCGUGAAUGAAGGGCACAUGUUCCUGGUUCAACCUUGACUAGAGAUACAAUUUAGUAACUAUCUAAAUUUAUGGAAUAAUUUGCUUAGUGGUUCUGCUUACUAUGACUAAGGAAAAGGGGAAGAUCCACUUUGUGUGGCUGAACUCUAGUGACUAGCAUAAAGUCCAUCUCAGUACUGUUCAGCAGACCGUCGUCAGCAUGGUUUCUCUAUGGUUCCUAACAAUUACAGUGGUUCUAUUAGUUAUUCGAAGGAGGAAAAUGACAGACGUGAAAUAGGGAGGCAAUGCACAAGCUCAGAAACAGACAUAGGUUGGAUGGUCUUUAGUCCGCAAUGGUUGGCUUUCUGAGCUUUGAAUCCUUAGUUUGCUUCCGAAACUCGUGUCACAGCCUCCAUUGCUGCUUUUGUUACUUCUCAAGUUGCGAUUUAACUGCACUCACAAAUAAUGCUCGAGCCUCAGCUGAAAUCAGGAUCGGACAUUUGUGAUGAGCGUGUUCUAAACUUUCUGGAGGCUUGCAGUGGAGAGCGGAAGAGAAGAAUAUUCAACCGAGGGCGAAUAAUGGCGGUGUUGGCAUCGGCAGUCGAAACUCAAUAUGACAAUUCACGUGACGAGUCUGUCAAAACCAAGUUUGAAAGGAAUCGUUCAAAAACUGCCGUGCUAUGGCCGUGACGCAUGCGGCAGCCAAUGCUCUCACUGCAGCACUGUUACAUAGCUUUGGCAAGUUUGACGGCUUUUGACGUUUUUGAUUCCAUUGCUACAUCUCAAGGGAACGAAAAUUUUCACUGGAAUAAAUCUUUCCACUCUCCGCUUAAUCAUAAACGUGAGGAUCAA